GUCAAGUAUCACGAGAUAUCCCCCCUCUUCCCAAACCCCGGCACCAUGACAGACUCUGGUGAGACGAACCAAUUCAAGGUCUAUCUUGGCACCUGGACGAACUGGUCGCGGGGCCGCGUUCUAGGCGCCACCUUGACAUUGGAACCGCGAUACGGCCUUCUACUUCUUUCUGUAACUACUACAUUUGUUGGCUUUGUGGCCUCGAGGUCCUGGCGGAUCGUGGCACUGAUCCUCCACCGAAUAUACUCAACUCCCGACCCGCGUGAUGCCCUCCAUCAUCAACGCCAAGUUGUGUUGCGAAACUCCAUGUCUGCGAUAUCAACCUUGUGGAUAACUCUGCAACUGACCUGGUGCUGGCGGGCCAUUGCGAAUGGCUAUCUUGCUCGUACUCUGCCGAUAAUUCUAUUCGCAAUCUUGGGGGUUUGUGCCUUCGCUGUGGCCGGCGCCUUCAUAUCGUCGAUCUCCUCUGGGAUCGGCAACGAAGUCCUCAUUGACAGCUCUCGGUGUGGAUUAAUAGUCAGGGGCUCUCUGACAAACGACUCGCUGAGUCUGAUCUACCCUCUGGCCUCACAGUCUCAGAAAAACGCAGCCAACUAUGCCCAACAGUGUUAUUCCUUCAACUCGACAGGAACCUUGGAGUGUGCCACGUUUGUCAAGAGUCGCCUUCGAUUCACUUCCGAUCUCACUGCCUCUUGCCCCUUUAAUGACAGUAGUAUAUGCCGCAGCAAUAACUCGAACUUGUUGUUGGACUCGGGACUAAUCAGCAGCGACGACCUCGGCCUGAAUCUGCCAGCCGACCAGCGCAUGUUCUAUAGGCAGGUGCUCCACUGUGCGCCCCUCAGGACGGAUGGGUUCAAAAAGCAGGUUAGCAGAGGAUAUAGUAACUAUACCCGGUAUUACUAUGGUCGCGGCAAGCCCGAUACUUCCUUUGAUAGGGAUUGGAGCUUCGAGGCCGAGAACCUCCGACCGAAAUAUAUGAGAAGGGACUCUCAACAACCGUAUCAAGGAGGCACCGGCUUUGAACUCUUUUCGAUUAGCUCAAACAAUGUUAACGGCACAUUUUCGUUGGAUUACAGCGACUUCAUACCUAUUCCUCAGCUGAUCGUGCCUGACGCAGAGUUGAAGCUCGUUUUCCUUUCGCCAGAUGGAGUGGUUUAUUUGGACCAAACAAACGAUCCUUGGUACCGUGGUGUCUUACCACUCUACAACGGUGCGGACGGCGACUUGGGACAACGCAGCUUAUAUUUAUCGGACGAGGCGGCGUCGCCGAUGGGGUGUACGAUGCGCCGUCAAUACUGCAACUUCAACAAGACCUGCGGCAGCCUGGCCGGCAAUACGGAUGCCCUGUCUAGUGUCAUGACCCUGUUCCACAUGUCCUCCGAGGAAGCCUACUACGGAGAUGGGGUGCAGGCGGGCCCACUCGAACUAGACGCAACGAGAAAUCGCUUCCAAAUGUUCCAGGCCCCGAUAUUAUCUUCUGCGAGUUUCACAGACCUCCUCCAGGGCCUGGGACCGUCCUCGCUGUUGUCGAUUGAGCACAUGUUUCAAGGUAUCAUGGGCCCACUACCCGACAACCAGUGGCAGCUCGAUGUUAUCUACUGGUUCGAAAUGCUUUUGGCUUCCAUACAGGCCUCUCUCGUGGAUACCGCGCGUGGUCCCACCGACGAUAGAUUAAUGCCAUAUGUGGCCACGCCAGGUAAUAAGUACCAGUGGCAAGUGUGCAAAAAUCAAAAAAUCCUUAGCACUGACUACACCUCACUGAGUCUAUUCGGGCUCUACUUCACAUAUAUCACCGGCCUUGUCAUCAUCGUCGCUUCAUACGCGGCCGAGCCUGUACUGGCUUUCUGCUAUUCCCGCAGCAAGUAUAAGGAGUACAAAUACCUGGAGUGGACAGCGAACAGCACCCUGCAGCUUCAGCGUCUGGCAUACCAGGGGCUCGGGUCAGAGAAGUGGACCAACUACACGGAUGACAUCCCAAGGACACGGCCGGGGUACUUCCUCGCAGACCUGACCCGGGCGUAUCCUCUCGAGGCCGACGGUGACGGGAUCCAAGAGUUCAAGCCGACUGCCCAUGCACCAAGCACAGCCACGCUGUCUAUAUCCGGGGUCAGUACGGAUCAGUCACUCCCCGGGCAACCCCAUGCUGCCCCUGCCCCUUCCACGGCGACUUCGAGUCCAGCGGCCCCACAUCCUCCCCAGCUGGCUGUGCCGCAUAUCUGGAAGGCCUUCCCGCCGAUUCCACAGCCUGUGUCGCCAAGUCCACAAGCCACGACGUCAAGUCUACACGCCGUGUUGCCGAGCCCGCAGGCCGUGUCGCCCGUCUCGCAAACUGUCUCGCCUAUCUCGCAGUCUGACGCCGUAUGAGUGAAUGGAUGGCCCUCGUUGACUUUGGCUUUUCUCUCUCUCACGCGCGCUCUCAUACACUUGCCAAAGAACGAAAACUUAGUUGCUUGCUACUUUUGUUUGGUGCUGGCAAUUGCGGGCUCGCACAAAGACGGCAAGAGAGGCAGCUCCAUGCGUCCCCUCCGAUAUGGUUUCUUGGGUGGUUUCGACUUCUUGUUGUUCUUCAUAUCGUAGCCCGCCAUGAUACGCAGCGGUAGUUCUGCAGCCUUAGGCUGGGAGUCCUUUUGACAGUGCCAAUGGGGCAUGAAAUUACAAACCUUUCUGGCCAGCGACCAACUUGUCUCAAGUUUGAUUCCUGGCGGUGAUGAGGAGCUGCAUGACCACUUGACCAACAACUACGAAAGCCAACUAAUAAAUGU